AUGUCUUUGGAUGACGAACUCAUCACAGAACCAAAUGCAAAGCGGGCAAAAUCCGGACAGUAUGUCGAAAAUGGCAUCAAGAGGUCAACGCGCACGCCGACAGAACGGGUGAUCGAGGCUCUCUUUUCAGAAUCCGUGAUGGCAAAGCUGUGGAAUGUCGCAUCCAAAGCCCUCAGAAGCAGUAAGCCACCGGUUCUUUACCCCGAAUACACCGGCAAAGAUGGCACCACAUACGUCUACCGAUCUCUCGACUUUUGGACAUCCGGCUUUUUCCCAGGAUCUUUGUACCUUAUCCACGAACGUCAAAUUAAGUAUCCACAGGCAAUAAACCACCAAUACUGUCCUCACCCCCUUCAAAUGGCGCAUCUGUGUCGGUUGUGGACAGCCAACCUACAUCAGAAUGCGCUGAAGCGUGACACCCAUGACUUAGGUUUCAUGAUCGCACCGUGGGCCAUGCAGGCCUGGAACAUCUACCAUGAUCCGACUGCAUACAACACUCUCGUCAUGGCAGCUCACUCGCUCGCUAGUCGGUUCAACGCUACAACGAAAUGUCUUCGAAGCUGGGACGUCUGCAUCACGAACCGAUACUCAUUCACAGACCCAUCACAGGAUUUCCUGGUUAUCAUUGACAACAUGUUGAACCUGGACCUUCUCUUCUGGGCGGCGCACGAGACUUCAAACAAGUCACUUUACGAAAUUGCUCUGGCGCACGCAUGCACGACGCAGAAACACCAUAUCCGCGAAGAUAAUACCACAUUCCACGUGGUUAAUUUUGAUGCAGAGACUGGGGACGUCAAGGCCAAGUUCACGAAUCAGGGAUACGGCGAUGACAGCUGCUGGGCUCGUGGGCAGGCGUGGGGAAUCCUAGGUUUCAUGCAAACAUUUGAAUGGACGGCAGACUCGUCAUUCCUCAACACGGCGAAAGAUCUGGCUGAUUAUUUUAUUGCAAAUCUUCCAGCAGAUGGUGUUCCGUACUGGGAUUUUAGUGUCCCAGUUACUGCGGCCAGCCCACGGGAUACUUCGGCUGCUAUGAUCGCCGCUUGUGGCAUGCUUCUUAUUUAUAAGGCGCUCAGAAACACCCCAGAGGCUGAUCACUAUCUGUCCGAGGCUAUUAGCAUUGUUGAUGCCACCGUCACAAAGUUCUUGAACCCACCGACCUUUCGAUUCAAGUCUACUCAGCAUCCCUCGCAAGUUGCUGUUUUUCAAGACGGCGAUAUUGACGACAACGAUGGUGACGGUUUCGAUAUUUUAUCUAUCGUAGAUGUUUCCGAUUCUAAACCCCGCGACACUAUUUUGGAUGGAGCAACUAUUAACAACUUUGAGUUUGCACCAAGGCGUUGGUCCAACCACGGGCUGGUCUACGCCGACUAUUACUUCCUUCGUUUCGGCAAUAUGCUUCUCGAGUUGGGUCUGGUCGAUGCACCGGAAUUCUCCAUCCAUCAUAGAAUAUAA